AAAAAUUUUCUCGCAAAAGAUCGUUCGAUUUAUUUUCACGUCGGUCGCAAAACACAUUCAUAUCGCGGCGACGUUUAAAUUAUAAUACGGGAUUUGCAAAGUUGGAACACCGUGUUUGUCUUCCAUAAAACGGUAUUCAAAACGUAAACCACUCGGCGAUAGUAGUACGAAUCCCGUCAUCGUUCAACGUCAAGACGGGUCUGAUCCUUCAAAAUCCAAUAACAUCAAAAAUAUUUAAAUCCCUUUUAUACGAAAAGAUUUCCCCGCUUAAACUUUCCCAUAAAGCUAUUCUUGCCGGUUAUUAUUAUUCUACAUACCGAACUUUCUACUUUACCCGAAGUAUUUGCUUUCUUUUAUUGCUUAACUUUUAUUUUAUAAAAAAGGAAAAAAAAAGAAAGAAAAUAAAGAGGAAAAAAUGUGAAAAGACAUGUUCUCCUAUUUUGAUAUUGUUCGAUAUUUCGACGAUUCUGAUAGUGCAUCACGGUUGGCUGGCCAUCCAAAGGUGUGAUUUACACUUACCACGAUUCAUAGGGUUGUACGCGCAUCGUGUUAUACCCCACGAUUCGUCGCGUAUUCGGUGUCGCACCCCGGAAAGCGCGCAUGCGCGAUUCGUGGCGCUUUCAAUUCGCCAAACGACACUCGUCAGUUGCGCUCCGACACCGAUGACGUAGACAUCGUAUCUACCGCGUUUUCAUCCUUCCCUUCGAUAUCUCGCUGACGCGACGAGUAACCAUGUGAUCUUCGCUCCCAUCGAUAUUUCGUUCGACUAUGAUCCGUGACGCACAGAUCGAACAGAUAUCCCUCGACGUCCGAUUCUUUCGGCAAUUCGUAAAGAUGGAAUUCGUUUCGUAAAGUUUGAUCGAGUUUUCGUAUUGUGCACUCGAGAGGAUCGGCCACGUGGAAAUGUAACGAGGAUUUUGUGCACGGUAAAAAGGAUGCGAGUGACGUUUGUCGUUGUGUACGCGAGCCACAGGACUUUUUUAAGGUUAUGGUCACGUGUGUAGACCAUAGAAGAAAAGCGGUAAAAGUGGUAGACGGUUUUUCGCGCGUGAUCACGGUCGCUACGUGAUGUUAUUAUGUGAAACAAUGCGGUGGGGUGAUGGAUCGUGUGAUUUAUUGCGAUGCAAGUUGUUCGUUCUUCUGGUUCUGGUCGGGUGCAGCGAUGGAUACUUGAAUAUCUUUAUCAGCCAGUCCCAGGUUAUGAAACUGUUGGAUGUCGGAUUGCACGAUAUUUUUAUACACGAAAAAGAGAUUACGAUUCGAUUUGCACGUAUUUUUAUACGCGCAAAAGAGACACGGUAACGCAAGCAUCUCCAUCUCCUGAAAUUCGAGAAGCAACUGGUAGCCGUGAAAAGUAUUUUAUUUACAAAAAUAAAUUUUUCAUACCCGUUCCAUUAAUUCUUCGAAUAUCUUACUUCGAUCCAAUCGUGCUUAUAAAAUUCGUAAACUGUUCAUAAACAAUUUCUCUCUCUUUGUAUCCGAGAGAAAAAGAGCUUGCCAACGUCUCUUCUCCAUCCAAGGUAUUCGGAUAUCGCGAAUACUUGCCUCCAACUUAUCGACUGUAGGACUGAAGGCCGAGUUGUACUACGUGAGGGAAGGAGUGGUUAACACGUACGCAAUGAACUUCGUCGUUCCUGUCCCGGCCAACAUCGCCGAUCUCGAGUUCUCCUGGCAGAGCCUCGCCGGACACCCGUUGCCGUACUCGAUGGAGUUGGAUUACGACGUGGUAGGUGUUCCAGGGGCUGUCGGCCCCGGGAUGAUGGCGCUGCUCCCACCGAGAGUGAACGUCUCGGCCAGGGGAGAGGUGCCGGUCGCGUUGCAGGUGUUCAGGAUCAGGCUGCCGUGCUCGGGCCUUGCCAGCGCCGAGAUCCCGUUGGCGUUGAGGCUCAACGUCACCGCGCCCCCCGGCACCAAAUACAACGACACCGUCCUCGCGUUCAAAAGGAACAAGAUUUGCUUCAAAGGAGUGCAAGCACCUCCGAGGAACGAUUCGGUACGUUUGGAGCCAGGACCUCUGAGCGGCGCCGGAGCGCUAUACGUCGCCGCGACCUGCGCAUGCGCCUUGAUACUAGUGGUGGGGAGCGUGGCGAGCGCCUUGUACAUACGCAACAGCAAGGCUCGAAUACAAGAGUCGCAGAAAACGCUGCCCUGCUGCAGCUACUCGGCGGCGGAAACUGGCGGCCUCGCGAGAAGUUCCGUCCUGGUCAGGGUCGACCCACGGCCCGGCAGCGCCAAUUCAGGCAGCUACGCGACCAUCGCCGAUCUCGAGCCGUUAUACGCGAGGCCGUGCGGCUCCAGGGCGAGUUACUACGCCUCCAGCCACGUCACGCAUCUCAGCCAGUCGACCGAUCCUUGCGAGAAGGCGAGGGCACUCGCCGUGUCGAGGUCUGCCCUCUACUGUCGCAAUCUCGUGCAGGAGGGCACCUUCGGUCGGGUCUACAAAGGCACGUUGGAACUGGCCGGAAGGGAGCAAGAAGUCAUCAUAAAGACAGUCACAGAAGUGGCAUCGGCUUAUCAAGCCUCUUUGCUGGUGGUCGAGGGGUCGCAAUUGGCAGGACUGGUGCACUCGAACAUAGCUUCGCUGGCUGCCGCAUGCCUGGACAGUUCUUGCCCUUUAUUGGCGUACACGAGCACGCCAGGCGAGUUGAAUCUGAAGCUCUACCUUACCGACGGGAACCACCAUCCCGGGACAAGGGAUUUGGUGCACGUUGGUGCACAGGUUGCCAGAGCAGGGGCAUUCUUGCACGGUCGGGGCCUCCUGCACAGGGAUAUCGCUGCCAGAAAUUGUCUGAUCGAGCCAAGCAGUCUUCGUGUCCGAUUAGCCGAUACGGCUUUGGCGCGAGAUCUCUUCCCUCAGGACUACCAUUGUCUCGGUGAUAACGAGAACAGACCAAUUCGUUGGAUGGCCUUGGAGACCCUCCAGCACAAUCAAUACAGCACUGCGACAGACGUGUGGUCGUUCGGUGUAUUCUUGUGGGAAUUGGCGACGAUGGGCCAGCAACCGUACGUCGAGGUCGACCCGUUCGAAAUGAUGGCGUGUCUUCGGGACGGUUACCGACUGGCCCAACCGAGACCCUGCCCGGACGAAUUCUUCGCAGUGAUGGCCGUCUGUUGGUUAGGAUUGUCCAGGGAUCGGCCGACCAUGCCUCAACUCCUCGCCUAUCUUCAAGACUUUCACGACGCCCUCGGCGGUUUCGUUUAAAAAAAUUAAACUCGAUAUUAAACAGUUCCUUCGAAACACGUACACACACGUACACGUACACGGAGUUAAGUCUCGAGUCGGAAUCUUUCUGAAAGAAAGAAAGAAAGAAAAAAGAGAUUAUGAAAUGAUACGAAAUCUUUGAAAGUAUACACGGAUAAAACAACAGGUACGUCCAAAUGGUGGUGGUUAAAAAAAGGAGGAAAUGGAAAAAGAGAAAAAUUGGAAAUUGAAAAUCACUGCCCAUUUGCGAUUAUCGAUUCGUCAAGCGACGGUUUGUUAUUUACGAUAUUCGAUUUUCUGUUCCCUCGUAUCGUGGAAGGGCCGCGCAUUUUUUGUUUUCGAAAUUUCCCUUUUUUUUUUCUUUUCGAAAAACACGCGGAUUUAAAAAUGAUUCGCUGGUGGACAACAGUGUGUAGAUGUAGAUAGAUAGAUAGAUAGAUAGAUAGAUAGAUAGAUAGAUAGAUAGGUAGAUAGAAUCGCGACCCUCUCCCCUCCCCCUCCGUGAUCCGACGAUGAAAACAUCGACGCGCGUGUAAUAUAUCCGUCCAUAGCAGUUAAAAAAAAAAAAGAAAAAAAAAAAAAAGAAACCUGAAGCGCACGAUAUUCCUUUUUUUUUUUCUCUCUCUUUCGUUUUUGUUUUUGUUUUCUUUCGCGCGAAACACGACGAAACAUCCGCGGAUGAAAACCCGCGUACGAGGGCGCCUGUGAACCUGCAACCAGUGUCGCUGCGCGCGCAGUCUUUCACAGCCAUGCUUGUUGCAUGCGAACUUUAUUCUCGAAACUUCUCGCUUUUCUCUCUCUCUCUCUCUCUCUUUCUCUAAAUAUGCAUAUAUCGUUCCAUCUCUUCGUGAAAAAAGAAAAAAAAAAAAGAGGAAAAAGAAUCUCAAUUUACGCGAUGAUCGCUUACUUUUCGAAUCGCAACGAGCGCAACGAUCAAAAAAAAAAAAAAAAAAAAGAAUUUUGUCCGAAAUCGAAAAAUGUCGAGACAAAUGGGGGAAAAAACUACUAUUUUUCUAGACUUUAUAAGCUCGCGUCGAUAUUUUGACAUUGUACAUUUAAUUAGAACGCGCGCGUGAAUAACGCGUUAUUCGGUCGGUAAUUUCAGUCCUGCGAAAAGAAGAAGAAGAAGGAAAAAAAGGAAACAAAGUUUUUCAUUCUUUUUUUCUCUCGAAUAUCUGUUUUGCAAAAGUACAUUCGGGAUAUCGGUCGAUGGUGUAAGAGAUCACGAUAUUAUGUUACGUAAGAAUAUACUUUUUACGUAUAUGUAUAUAUAUAUCGAGAAUAAGAAAAACUCUCGAGCAGAGCGUUAGAGCAUUAGGCGGAGUGAAAUUAUCUAUGCGGUUAUCUACAGUGUGUGUUGUACACCGGUGUAUAUAGGUGGCGUUAACCUGGAAAAAAAAUAUUUGCUUGCAACCAUUUUAUAAAUAAUGCAUUAAGUUCGAAAAAGGGGAAAGUACGAAGCGAGAGGGGAGAUGGCGAACAGUGGCGAAGAAAAUGGAUCGCCUCUUUGCUGUUCGACGAGAAAUUAAUUCUCGAGGAGUAUCAUCGAAAAAGGGAAAAAUCUACUCUCCUAUAUUUUACAUAAAAUUUCGCGUAAAAAUCUCCAAGAUUAAUUAUUAAACGUCGAGAUGAAUAAAACUCGAGGAAUCGAUAUCGCGAAUGUAUUUUGCGCAAAAAUUUAAGAGAGACUUGCUCGACAAAAGAAUUGCAGUGACCAACGUUACUAACGCAGUAACGCAGUUUCGAGGUUAUGUUUGUGCGCGCCGUUGUUAACGAGACGAUUUGUCCAAACGAGAGAAAAAAUUUCAACAUUUCUAAUUUCCCCUC